UUUCGCUGGGUUACGUUUAAAUUUAAGAAAAACAAUUUUUCUACAAUACACAACGGUGGAAUAAAAUCUUUAUAGUGAUUUUCAAUUAAAAUCGUUUAACAAGCUAAAAAAGGCACUCAAUUUUAUUAAAAAGCAUCAUCACAAUUUGUUUGCAGUACAAAAAAAAAAAACAAAUUUAUUAAUAAUUAAUAAAAAUUAAAAAAAGAAAUACACUGUAUAUUUCCAUAGUAAACUUGAAAAAAAUAAAAAAAAAACAUUCAAAUUAAUUGAUCAAGUGCAACAUUUCAAUUAAUACAAGGAAAUAAGUGAAAUUAAUUAAAAAGCUUAAAAUUCUUAACAUCUGUGAUCAUGGCAGUUUCAGAAUCUAAUACAGAACCCACGACAACUGAUAAUAGUUGUGAUAAGAGCAAUAAAGAUAUCGAUGAACCCGCCAACUUUGACAAAGCCAUAGAAACAGCUGGUUUUGGUUUCUUUAAUCUACUGCUGCUGGUAGUUGCUAUAACAGCCAUAUUGGCAAAUGUUUUUUCAACCACAACAAUGGCUUACAUAUUACCCAUAGCAGAAUGUGAUCUCAAAUUGACUUUAAUUAAUAAGGGAACCCUGAAUUCGGCCACCUAUGCCGGUAUGGUAGCAUCAGCUAUAGUAUGGGGUUAUUUAGCCGAUACCCAGGGUAGAAGAAAGAUUCUUAUUAUAGGCUAUUUAGCAGAUGCAGUGUGUGUAUUCUGUAGUUCAAUGUCGCAAAAUUUUGUAAUGUUAGUGACGUUUAAAUUCUUUGGAGGAUUAAUUGUGAAUGGUCCUGGAGCGGUUUUAUUUACUUAUCUUACUGAAUUACAUGGACCCAAAUACCGUCCCAGAGUUUUAAUGGCUCUAGGUAUGGUGCAGUCAUUGGGUACAUUAAUAUUGCCCAUGUUGGCUUGGGCAAUUUUAUCUCAAGAUUGGGACUUUGUAUUAUUUGAAUCAUUUAAUGUACACACUUGGCAAAUUUUCCUAUUCGUUUGUGGUUUACCAAGUUUAAUUAGCGGAUUACUGUUAAUAUUGCUACCCGAAAGCCCGAAAUUUUUAAUGUCUCAAGGACGUAAUGCCGAGGCUUUGAGAGCUUUUCAAAAGAUUUAUGCUUUUAAUACUAGAAAACCUAAAAAUACUUAUCCGAUCCACACUUUAAUUGAAGAAGUACCCACCCGUGAUACCAAUGCCAAUGAAGUUGUCUUUACUAUUGAUGAUAAAACUGACAAAAAACUGCCCAAAAAGCAGCAUCGCACUUUGGCACAAUCCUUACACGAAGGAUGGCAACAAAUGAAACCCAUGUUUCGCAAACCACUAUUAUGCAGAUCUUUGCAUGUUUAUUUUAUGCAAUUUUGCAUGUUAUUGGGUCUUAACACUAUUCGCUUAUGGCUGCCCCAAUUGUUCGCCUCUAUUGCCGAAUAUGAAGCUUUGCAAACGGAUGAUACUAAAUCGGCUACUCUUUGUACGAUUUUAGAAUAUAGUGCUAAUAAAUCAGCUACAACAGUUGCUAAUUAUACAUUGGAUUGUAGUGAGCGCAUAAAUGUUUCAAUGGAUACCUAUCUUAAUAAUAUUAUUGUGGCCAUUGUGGGUUUAGUAGGUUAUUGCUUUGCUGGUUUUAUAAUCAAGGCCAUGGGACCUAAAAGAUUAUUAGUUUCUGGUCUUUUUAUAUCUGGUGUACUAGGCGUGUGUUUAUACUGGUCCAAUAGUGCAUUAAUGACUCUAAUUAUAUCCUCGAUAUUUAUAACUAUAUGUAGUAUCUCUACAUCAUCAUUAUUGGGUUUGGUUAUAGCUUUAUUUCCCACAACAUUGAGAUCAAUUGUUAUUGCUGUUGGCCUGAUGUUUGGUCGCUUAGGUGCCUUAUCGGGUAAUUUGCUAUUUCCGGUAUUUGUGGAACUAGGCUGUUUACCACCCUUCCUUAUGGUUGGCGUUAUUCUGAUAUUGGCCAGUGCUUUGUCAUGUAUAUUACCCAGUGAGAAAAAGACAACAUUUACCUAAAACUAAAUUAAGUUGUUAUUUAAAGUGUUUUAGCCUUUAGUUAAUAUUUUUGUUAGAAAAAAACUGUAUAUUUGUUUAGUUGUUUUAUUAAUCUUAAUCUAGUUAUUAAGUGUUUAUAAAAUUAUUUAUUUGUUUUUUUUUUUUAUUUUAUAAUUAAGAUAAACUGAGACAAUAUAUAUUGAAAUAAAAGAGUCAUCGUGAUUUUGUAGAUUAUUUAGUUAAUA